CUUUUCCUCGCGACAGCCAUCGUCACUUCCGGUGCCGGGUUCUACAGCUUCGGACGCGGGAUCGAUGAGGAGGAAACCAGCCCUUAACUCUUGCAACUGAUGCAAGAGUCUCCUUUGGAAACUGAAGAAGCUACCACAAUGCCCUUUCUACAUGGCUUCCGGAGGAUCAUUUUUGAGUACCAGCCUUUGGUAGAUACAAUUUUGGGAUCUCUGGGGAUACAAGAUCCUGACAGACAAGACAGUUUGGAGAGCCCAACUUACCUGGCUGAUGAUGGAAGUCGGGUCCUUGUUCUCAAUGAGCUGUUGGAGAGGGAGGCACAUUCCCCCUUUUACCAGGAAGGUGUGAGCUAUUCCUUGCUGAAGAUGGCAGAGCUUGGGCUGACACAUGCGGCUGACACUCUGUUGCAGAAUGGAGCCAACCUCAACUUUGAAGAUCCUGUCACUUACUACACUGCUCUACACAUUGCUGUCCUCCGCAACCAACCUGACAUGGUAGAGCUGUUGGUGCAUCAUGGGGCUGACAUUAACAGGAGAGAUCGGAUCCAUGAGAGCAGCCCCCUGGACUUGGCCAGUGAGGAACCUGAGCGACUACCCUGCUUGCAACGACUCCUGGACCUUGGGGCUGAUGUUAAUGCAGCUGACAAGCAUGGAAAGACAGCUUUGCUUCAUGCACUAGCCAGUAGUGACGGGGUCCAAAUCCAUAACACCGAGAACAUCAGACUCUUAUUGGAAGGAGGAGCAAAUGUAAAGGCUACUACCAAAGAUGGUGACACGGUUUUUACAUGCAUUAUCUUCCUACUUGGUGAAACAGUAGGAGGUGACAAAGAAGAGGCCCGUAUGAUUAACCGGUUCUGCUUCCGGGUUACUCAGUUACUCCUUGCUCAUGGAGCAGACCCUAGUGAAUGCCCAUCCCAUGAAUCUCUCACCAAUAUCUGCCUCAAGAACUUUAAGCUGCACUUUCCACUCCUGCGCUUCCUUCUGGAAUCUGGAGUCUCCUACAAUUGCUCCCUCCAUGGCCCAUCUUGCUGGUCUGGCUUCCAUAUUAUAUUUGAGAGACUUUGUUCCCAUCCAGGCUGCCCUGAAGAUGACAGCCACUCUGAACUUCUACAGAAAGCGGAGACUGUCUUGGAGCUCAUGGUAGCUAGUUCCCAGAGAAUCCAGCUGCCUAGCAACUUUGAGGUCAACCCUGCUGGCUGUCUGGCAGAAAAGAUCAAAGCCCUUUUUGCUUCCUUAAAGCAACUAGAGUACUGCCCCCCACCCCUUAAACAUCUGUGCCGUGUGUACAUUCGCCAACAGCUUCGACCUUGGCCUGUGGAUGUCAAGGUCAAAGCCCUACCUCUUCCUGACAGGCUAAAGUGGUAUCUUCUCAUUGAGCUCAAUGGUUCUAAUGAUGAUGAUGUCUGAUAUGGCCUAAGCACGCCCUUUCAUCAUUCAUUCGUCUCCCCCAAAGUCUUGUCCUUCCUCUCCCCUUCCCCUGGAUCUCUGAGAUUUCCCAGGUUGAAAGGCACAAUGGUUGGUAAAGCUUUAAUGUGAGAGUUUUGACCAUUUGUGCACUGAGUCUAAGUCCCUGGGUUCGGGGUAGCCUUUCCUCAUUUUUU